AUACAAAUAUAUACUCUCGUAUUAGCUUUCAUCUUUUCUUCGUUUAAUCGUUCUUCUCUUCUCCGAUUCCUUGAGGUGAAGAUGGGAGUCAAAGCAUUACUUGUCACCCUCUUCCUAUCAUCUCUAUGGCUUUCUCCAUGCCUCUGCGCCGCCUCAAAUGAUGGGCUGGUUAGGAUUUCACUCAGAAAGAUGAAACUGGACCAGGAGCACCUAAUUGCCUCCAAGAGCAGAGGGCACUCAAGGAAGCAUAACUUCCAGGGUCGAUUCUGGAAUUCCGAGGACUCUGAUAUCGUGGCACUAAAGAACUACUUGGAUGCUCAGUACUUUGGGGUGAUUGGCAUUGGUACCCCUCCUCAAAAGUUCACUGUCAUCUUUGACACCGGGAGCUCCAACUUAUGGGUUCCGUCGUCAAAGUGCUAUUUCUCACUUUCUUGUUUCUUCCAUUCUAAAUACAAGUCAAUCCUAUCCAGUACUUAUAAAAAGAAUGGAACUGCUGCUGCAAUCCAGUAUGGAUCCGGGGCAAUCUCGGGCUUCUUCAGUCAGGAUAGUGUCCAAGUUGGUGAUCUUGUUGUGAAAAAACAGGAUUUUAUUGAGGCAACUAGGGAGCCAAGCCUGACGUUUCUCGUUGGCAAGUUUGAUGGUAUCUUGGGUCUUGGGUUCCAGGAGAUUUCUGUUGGAAAUGCUGUUCCGGUUUGGUACAACAUGAUGAACCAAGGACUAGUUAACCAGCCGGUUUUCUCAUUUUGGCUUAACCGCAACGUACAAGACGAGGAAGGGGGAGAAAUUGUAUUUGGUGGAGUAGAUCCCAAUCACUACAAGGGGAAACACACCUACGUUCCGGUGACGAGGAAAGGUUAUUGGCAGUUUGAGAUGGGUGAUGUUCUCAUCCAUGGCAAACCCACAGGGUAUUGUGGGAAUGGAUGUGCUGCAAUAGCGGAUUCAGGGACUUCUCUCCUAGCCGGCCCAACGGCUGUGAUUACCAUGAUCAAUCAUGCCAUUGGAGCCUCUGGUGUGGUUAGCCAAGAAUGCAAAGUUUUGGUUGAAAAUUAUGGGCAAAGAAUUGUUGAUUUGCUUCUAACGGAGGUAUUACUAUUAUUUAUCUUUAGUUGGUUGUUUAACGAAGGGGUCGUUUGGUUGAAACGGCUUGGAGGAAUNAAGUCGGGCGAUGGGGAGUGCAGCACUUGUGAAAUGGCUGUCUUCUGGAUGCAAUCCCUACUUCUUCAGAACCAUACGCGAGACCAAAUAUUGUCGUAUGCCAAUGAGCUAUGUGAACGUCUGCCGAGCCCAAUGGGAGAAUCGACUAUCGACUGUGGAAAGCUUUCUUCGAUGCCUAGUGUUUCUUUCACGAUUGGCAAAAAAACGUUCCCUCUCUCCCCUGAUGAGUACAUACUGAAGGUGGGCGUGGGCCCAGCUGCACAAUGCGUGAGCGGGUUUACAGCGCUGGAUGUCGCCCCCUCUCUCGGGCCGCUCUGGAUAUUGGGAGAUGUUUUCAUGGGGAAGUAUCACACGGUGUUCGACUAUGGCAAUCUGCAGGUUGGAUUUGCGGAAGCCGCCUAAGCCUAGCCAGAUAACUCCAUAUUGCCCCCCUUGCUGAUCUUGUAAUGUUCUUCUGUACAUAAAAGCUAUCUGUUUAUGGGAGUAUCCUUCAAUGUAAUGUAACUCUUUAGAGAUAGAUUCUUAGCCUAAUAUGUUUGGAUCGGUUUUCCUUCAAUAUUAGGCAAUUCUUAGCCUAAUAUGUUUGGAAGUUUAUAAUGUUGACCUUUCAAUUAAAAAUAAAAUAAAAUCUCAGACUAAUA